AUGUCAGCAAAAACCAAAGAAAGAGAAACGGGGGGAACGAGUGACAAUUCUUCCCUCAAGGGCAAGCAGAGCAAUGCAGAAGAACCGUCUGCUACCUCCACUUCCGCUACUCUCCUUGGAACGUCCAAAGAAGACAACAACAUCCCAGAGGCGGUAGACGACUUUAUAAGGAACUUCCUCCAGAAAAUCGGGAUGGCUCGGACUCUGGACAGUUUUGAGGUAGAGUGGUAUAGCUCAGCUCACAAACUCCUGACAGAGCCAUUGUUGACGGCUCCUCCACCACCGGGGGUCCUUGUCCUCUCUGAUGCCCUCAAGCACAAGCAGCUCCUUCAGUCUGAACUGGUGAAGGUCAACAGAGAGACCGACCAGUUCAAACAGCAAGUGCUCUCUGCAGGGGACAGCCUAGUGAGGCUGCAGAGGGACAGAGAUCUGCAUCGGCUGCAUUGCCAGAAACUGGUUGCCGACAAAAGCCGUCUGAUUGAGGAUAUUAAAAGGCUGAAGAAACGCCUGGCAGCCUAUGAGCCAGCGCUGAGACAGCUGGAUGACAAAUAUGAGAUAGCCAUGGGGCAGAAGAUGCUUCUCAAUAUAGAAGGUGAACGAAUACAGAACAACUUGAAUGCCAGUCUGAAUCUGGACAAAAUCCAAACAAAGACAGAGAGAAGGGUUAAAAAGAAUACAGCCCAAUUGCGAAGCACAGCCAGACACCCAAAGGACACAGAAUUUCCUGUGUGUAGCAGGCCAGUGAACCUUCACCGCCCUCAGGGAAAUUCUGGUGAACAGAAAAGGACAUUCAGUUUGUUCUAUUCCAUCAAAGCCCACACUCUUCCCAUAAGCUGCAUCAGCCUCCAUCCAGAUAAAAAAAUCCUCGCAAGUGCCAGUGACGACUGCAGUUGGAGAUUGUGGGCACUGCCAGUCAGCAGGGAAAAGGUGGGCCAGAUGGUCCUGACAGGUGAAGGACACACCAAUUGGGUGUCCAGCUGCAGUUUUCAUCCAGAAGGAACUAAACUGGCAACAACCAGCGGAGACACUACCGUAAAGCUCUGGGAUUUAUUAUCCGGGCGUUGUGUGUUGACAUUCUCCGGUCAUAGACAACCCACCUGGGCGUGCUCCUUCCACUCAUGUGGUCACUUCCUGGUGUCCUGUUCCUCUGAUAGAACUACCAAACUGUGGGACCUGAACAGCCAGCGCUGCCGGCUAACAAUGCGUCGCCACACAGCCUCGGUCAACAGCGUCUGCUUCCAGUCCUUCUCCAACACUAUCCUCACUUCCUCGGCCGAUAAAACUCUCACCAUGUGGGAUAUCAGGCUUGGUGUGUGCACCGCAUCCUUUGUUGGACACCAGCAUCCUUGCAACCAUGCUACCAUAGGCCUCGAUGAGGAAGUCAUUGCUUCCUGUGACACCUACGGUAUCGUCAACCUGUGGGACAUCAGGAGGCCCACCGCGGCUCUUCGCACUAUAGAUGCAGGGCCCCUGAGUGCCAAUCAGGUGGCCUUCAGUCCAUCAAGGAAAAUGCUGGCAAUUGCGAGCAGCGACAGUUUGGUCAGACUGGUAGAUGUGGAUUCCUGCAAGGUCAGCAGUCUAUCAGGACAAAGGGACAGUGUGCAAACUGUCACCUUUGACCACAUGGGUAAGACUGUCAUGUCUGCAGGGAGUCAUGGGCUCAUUAAUGGAUGGAUGUAGACCACAUUAGAAUACUGAAAUGUUGAUUUCUUUUUGCUAGUUAAAAAUUGCUAAAUGAAAAUGUUAGUUUUUUAAAUGGACUCAAGUAGGACUUUGGAAAGUAAAGUAGUAGACAAGAUUCAGUGAAUUUGGGGAUUAAUAAAAUACAUAUUUAGGUGUUUUAAUAAAAUACACAAAUGCAUGUUUAUGUAUGUAUUUUGUUCCGAAAGUUAUAUUUCUUAUGGAUUGCAGUGAUGCCAGGAAUGUGCAUUCAAUAGCUCUGUUAUACGUAAAUAGGUAUGUGUGCAUGGAUGCAUAGUGCAGAGUAAAAUUUGUAAAAUAAAUAAAUGGACAAGCCAAAAGGCUUUAUUCACUUGGAUUUGAGAAUACAUUUGGGUUA